CUGGGCACCUGCUGCGGUGCCGCAGGAUGGGGGAGAGGCGCGUGGACGCUGCCCCCAGGAACAGCCUGUGAGCUGUGCUGAGCACUGAGGUUGUUGGGCUCCAUCAUCUCUGUAGGUCCUUUCUGAUGGAUCCGCUUUAUUCUAUUCGGUUCUCAGCAGCCAAAUAGGAACAGAUGCGCCUCCCUUGUCCUGCACUCUGCCCAAAGCCACCUGCAUCCCCUGCAGCAUCGCCGCCUCCAUCAUCACCUCCAGCACCUGCACCGUCUCUGCAUCACCAGCAUCUCGUCCACCUCCAUCGUUUCCAUCAUGCGUUGCCUCCACCCAUCACCUCCAGCGCCUCACCCACCCCCAUCCAUUGCUUCCAUCACCCGCAUCGCCUCCAUCUCCAGCACCUCCAUCCACCCCUGUGGGCAGCCAAGGUCCCAUCCCCAGUCUCUGUUAUGGUGGCACAUCUCCACCUGCCCAGCACCAAAUCCCCCCCCGGGGGGCUCAGCGGUGGCACAAUGUGGGCACAGACCCCACAGACAGCAGCCAGGACUGCUGAGAGCAGCAGCUGCCCACGGGUUGACCCCCACUCACAAGUCCACAGCCAUCCCCCCCAUGACCCCCCAGCAGAGCCCUUUGGGGUGCCCCUCUCCCACCCUGUGCUGUGUGCCCGCCUCGAGGCCGCCGCCAUCCCCCCCCUGACGUCACCCUGUGCUGAGCUCUUAAAGGCCGCCCCAACCCCUCCCAGCCCCAGGAGAUGCUGUGCAGGUGACGCCGGCGAUGCCUCCAGCAUCCAACUCCUGACGGCCCCACUGCAAUGGGGAGCACCGCGCUGCCCACCUGCCUGCUGGCGCUCAGCAUCACCUGCACCGUCCUGGUCCCAGGCUGUGGGGCCGCUCAGGGCCGACUCGCCCACAAGCUGCUCCACGACCUCUUCGCCAACUACUCCAGCGCCCUGCGACCCGCCGAGGACACGGAGCGGGCACUGAACGUCACCCUGCAGGUCACCCUGUCCCAGAUCAUCGACAUGGACGAGCGGAACCAGGUGCUCACCUCCUACCUGUGGGUCCGCCAGGCCUGGCUGGACGCCCACCUGGCCUGGGAUAAGGACGCCUAUGGAGGCAUCGACAGCAUCCGCAUUCCCAGCAGCUACGUCUGGAGGCCGGACAUCGUCCUCUACAACAACGCUGACGAGCGUUUUGGUGGCUCCAUGGAGACCAACGUGGUGCUGCGCUCUGACGGACACAUCAUGUGGGACACCCCCGCCAUCACCAAGAGCUCCUGCAAGGUGGACGUCUCCUACUUCCCCUUUGACGGGCAGCAGUGCCGCCUCACCUUCGGCUCCUGGACCUACAAUGGGAACCAGAUUGACCUCCGCAACCGCCUGGAUACAGGCGACCUGACCGACUUCGUGGAGAACGUGGAGUGGGAGGUGCUGGGCAUGCCGGCCACACGCAACGUCAUCACCUAUGGCUGCUGCUCGGAGCCCUACCCCGACGUCACCUACACGCUGCUGCUCCGCCGCCGUGCCUCCUUCUACAUCUUCAACCUGCUGCUGCCCUGCGUCAUGAUCUCCUUCCUGGCACCGCUGGGCUUCUACCUGCCCGCUGACUCCGGGGAGAAGGUUUCUCUGGGGGUGACGGUGCUGCUGGCGCUCACCGUGUUCCAGCUGCUGGUGGCAGAGAGCAUGCCGCCCUCGGAGAGUGUGCCGCUCAUCGGGAAGUACUACAUAGCAACUAUGACCAUGAUCACAGCCUCCACUGCUCUGACAAUCAUUAUAAUGAACAUCCACCACUGUGGGCCGGGUGCCCGCCCGGUGCCACCAUGGGCACGACGCCUCAUCCUGCACCACCUGGCACGCGCCCUCUGUGUCUGUGAGGUGGGCGAGAGCUGCGGCCGUCCCCAGAGAGAGGGCACGGGAGGGACGGGGCCGCAGGACCCCCCUGGGGAUGGCGUGGAGCCGGGGCUGUGCCCCCGCAGCCGCUGCCUCUGCCACCACCACGCGGUGCUCAGCAGCGUGGCGUACAUUGCCGGCGUCUUCCGACGGCACCGCACGGCACAGCGCCGCGCCGCAGAGUGGAAGAAGGUGGCCAAAGUGAUGGACCGCUUCUUCAUGUGGGUCUUCUUCCUCAUGGUCUUCCUCAUGAGCGUGCUGGUGAUCGGCAAAGCCGCGUGACUGCCACCCCAUGCCCA